GAGAGCGUGAGCGUGAGUGAGCGAAAGCAUCAAGUGUUGACUGUGAUGCAGACGUCUGGCUUUUCCCCGCUGAACUGGAGACAAUCUGACUAAGGAUGGUUGGAAAUGGCCUGCUUUUUAAUGGGGGUCGACACUGCUCUAGCUUACCCCGGUGAGGUUAGUUAUCAGCCUUUCACUUCAAAGACCUCCAAGCAGCCUCUGACACCCAGUGCCUCAUCUGUCAGUGAACACGCAGUCCAGUUCUCGCACACCAGCACCAAGGACCAACCAAGCCCACACAGUCCAGCCAGUACUCCAGAUGCUGCCAGUUACCUGGUUGAGAGCAGCAGCAAAAAAGUUGCACUUUGUGCACAGUUGGAUGUGAGUGUGGACCAACCACCGCCGCUCACCAAGGCCGAGGAUGUCGGUAUGGGGAUUAAGAAAAAAAGAAAGAAAAAAGAACUAAAGGAGGAUGUCAGCAGUGAAACGGUAACUGAUGCACCCAAACCAAAGAAGAAGAGAAAAGAGCCUAAGUGUGAUAAGGAACCGAAAGAGGGCAAAGCUGCAAAAGAGCCAAAGGGCUCAAAAGGAGCAAGGAACCGUGGGGAACCUAAGGAACCUAAAGGUACAAAGGGGGCCAAAGAGCCGAAGGAACCUAAGGGUGCCAAGGAACCCAAGCAGCUGAAAGAGCCAAAAUGUAAAUCUAACACUACACCCAAAAGCAAGACCAGCAAGAAAGCCAGCAAAGAACAAGGCCCAACACCAGCUGAAAAGAAGAAGAAAGGGAAAAGGAAAACUGCUGCUCCGGCACAGAAUUCUGAACAUAAGCAUUCGGCGGUAAAGAGACCUGUGGCCACAGAGGAGCUGACAGAUGCACAGAAGCGACGAUCAGGCCGUCAAGUAAAACGAAGGAAGUACAAUGAAGACUUGGACUUCAAAGUUGUCGAUGAUGCCGGUGAAACAAUUGCUGUACUGGGAACAGGGCGGAUUUCUCCGAGCUCUGGGUCCUCACAGAAAGGAAAUCAGACGACGGAAAGUCAGGAGGAGGAUGAGUCUGCUGUCAUUGAGAAGAUCCUGGCUCAGCGAAUGUUACAGAAAGAGACCCCUGGUGCGAGCAUAGAGGAAGUCGAAGAAUUUUACGUCAAAUACAGGAAUUACUCAUACCUGCAUUGUAAAUGGGCCACAUUGGAGGAGCUGCAAAGGGAUAAAAGGAUUCACCAGAAGAUCAAGCGUUUCAGAGCCAAGCAGGCUCAGAUGAAGAACCUUUUUGUUGAGCCUGAUGAAGAGCCCUUUAAUCCGGAUUACAUAGAGGUUGAUCGGAUCUUGGACGUCGCACAUACCAUAGACUCUGACACUUCAGAGCCUGUGACUCAUUACUUGGUGAAGUGGUGCUCUCUACCCUACGAAGAAAGCACUUGGGAGCUAGUGGAAGACAUCGACCCCGUAAAGAUUCAGGAAUAUGAGGAGUUGCAGAUUGUGCCUGAAAUCUCACAUGUGGAGCGGCCUCCUGCUGACACAUGGAAGAAACUGGAGCUGACACGGCCGUACAAAGCGGACAAUAACCUCAGGGAAUACCAGCUGGAGGGAAUGAACUGGCUGCUGUUCAACUGGUACAACAGAAAAAAUUGCAUCCUGGCGGAUGAAAUGGGUCUGGGGAAGACAAUCCAAUCAAUUACAUUUCUGUAUGAAAUAUACUUGAUGGGAAUCCGGGGCCCUUUCCUCAUUAUUGCACCUCUCUCCACAAUAGCCAACUGGGAGCGGGAGUUCCGCACAUGGACGGAGGUAAAUGUCAUCGUGUACCACGGCAGUCAGAUCAGCCGCCAGAUGAUCCACCAGUAUGAAAUGCACUACAAAGAUUCUGAGGGCCUCCCCAUCCAGGGCAUUUUCAAGUUUAAUGCAAUAAUUACCACUUUUGAAAUGAUUUUGGCUGACUGCCCUGAGCUGCGAAAAAUCCAGUGGAGUUGUGUGAUCAUCGAUGAGGCCCAUAGGCUGAAGAACAGGAACUGUAAACUGCUGGAGGGUCUCAAGCUCAUGGCUUUGGAACAUAAAGUUCUACUGACUGGAACCCCUUUGCAGAAUACAGUGGAAGAGCUAUUCAGCUUAUUAAAUUUUCUUGAACCCGUUCACUUUCCUUCUGAGUCCACGUUCAUGGAGGAGUUUGGAGACCUGAAGACCAAUGAGCAGGUGAAGAAGCUACAAGCAGUAUUGAAACCCAUGAUGCUUCGAAGACUGAAAGAUGAUGUGGAGAAAAAUCUGGCUCCAAAGGAGGAGACCAUCAUUGAGGUGGAACUGACUAACAUCCAGAAAAAGUAUUACAGGGCCAUCCUAGAGAGGAACUUCUCUUUCUUGGCUAAAGGAGCUAACCAGGCUAACAUGCCAAACCUGCUGAAUACCAUGAUGGAACUGAGAAAAUGCUGUAACCAUCCCUACUUGAUCAAUGGUGCUGAGGAGAAAAUCCUGGAUGAGUUCCGUGAAGUGCACAAUCCUGAGGCUCCUUAUUUCCAACUGCAGGCCAUGAUCCAGGCUGCAGGAAAGUUGGUGCUGAUCGACAAGCUGUUGCCCAAACUGAUAGCAGGUGGGCACAAAGUGCUGAUCUUCUCUCAGAUGGUUCGUUGCUUGGAUAUACUUGAAGAUUAUCUCAUCCACCGACGGUACACCUAUGAGCGGAUCGAUGGCAGGGUACGGGGGAACUUGAGACAGGCUGCCAUUGAUCGCUUCUCCAAACCAGACUCGGACCGCUUUGUGUUUCUGCUGUGCACCAGGGCAGGAGGUCUUGGUAUUAAUCUUACUGCUGCAGACACUUGUAUCAUCUUCGAUUCGGAUUGGAACCCACAGAACGACCUGCAGGCUCAGGCUCGUUGUCACCGGAUAGGACAGAGUAAAUCAGUUCAAGUGUAUCGCCUCAUAACCCGUAACUCGUACGAGCGAGAGAUGUUCGACAAGGCCAGCCUCAAGCUGGGUCUAGACAGAGCAGUCUUGCAAGCAAUGAACCGCAGAGGAAACACCAACGGGGUGCAGCCAUUGUCCAAGAUUGAAGUAGAGGAUCUUCUUCGUAAAGGAGCAUAUGGAGCCCUAAUGGAUGAGGAGGAUGAAGGAUCAAAGUUUUGUGAAGAAGACAUUGACCAGAUCUUGCUUCGGCGAACUCGCACAAUCACCAUUGAAUCAGAAGGGAAGGGUUCAACAUUUGCAAAGGCCAGUUUUGUAGCUUCGGGCAAUAGGACGGACAUCUCCCUGGAUGACCCCAACUUUUGGCAAAAAUGGGCCAAAAUUGCAGAGCUGGAUAUAGAGUCGAAGAACGACAAGGACAGUUUGGUCAUCGACACACCACGUGUCAGGAAACAGACCAAACACUACAAUUCGUUUGAGGAUGAUGAAUUGAUGGAGUUCUCUGAGCUUGACAGUGAUAGUGAAGAUAAACCUUCAAGGUCUCGCCGUCUCCACGACAAGACACGGCGGUAUCUCCGGGCCGAAUGCUUUCGGGUGGAAAAGAACCUGUUGAUAUUCGGGUGGGGGCGAUGGAAGGACAUCCUGUCGCAUGGACGCUUCAAAUGGCACUUGACAGAGAUGGACAUGGAGACCGUUUGUCGCACCCUCCUGGUCUAUUGCCUGAAGCAUUACAAAGGAGAUGAGAAGAUUAAAAGUUUCAUCUGGGACCUUAUCACUCCUACAAAAGAUGGACAGAAUCAAGCACUGCACAAUCACUCAGGGUUGUCAGCUCCUGUGCCCAGGGGCAGGAAAGGCAAGAAGCUGAAAACCCCACUGUCCCAACCAGAGCUGAAGAACGCUGACUGGAUGGCCAGCUGUAACCCAGAGGUGCUUUUCCAUGAUGACGGCUAUAAGAAACAUCUCAAACAGCACUGCAACAAGGUCUUGCUGAGAGUCCGAAUGUUAUAUUAUCUCAAGCAGGAGGUGCUGGGGGAGGCCGCUGACAAAGCUUUGGAUGGUGUUGAUGCAAGUAAGCUGGAAGUCUGGAUGCCUGAGGUUGACUACAAUGAUAUCCCAGUUGAAUGGUGGGAUGGAGAUUGUGACAAGUCCAUGCUCAUUGGAGUUUACAAACAUGGUUACGAGCGAUAUAAUGCGAUGAGAGCUGACCCAGUACUCUGCUUCCUUGAGAGGGUGGGCAUGCCUGAUGAGACCUCACUGGCAGCCGAGCAAGGUGUUGACCUGCCAGCAGACAUAAGCGAAGGGGUUGACCUUUGUAAAGGUGAUGACUCCGAGUUGAAGUCUGAUGGCCAGUUCAAAGAUCAGCCAGAUGAAGAUGCAAAUUCCUGCAUUGAAUCUGGGAUUUUGGAGAAAGGGGAAGACUCAAUUUUAGGUCAGAAUGGUGCAGACAUGGACCGUCCCCAGUGGCCGGUGGCUUCAGUGCUCACAGCUCGUCUUCGUCGCCUCAUAACCGCCUACCAGCGCUGCAAUCGCAAGGAGCUGGUGAGAAUGGAGUCGCAGGCGCGCAAUAACCGGCGUCGCUGGUAUCCACAGGAUGAGAUCUGGGGAAGGGUGUCAGAAAUGGACAUUGUUACCAUGGAAAUCCAGCAAAGGUGGACAAGGAGGGAACAGACAGAUUUCUACCGUGUGGUCUCGACGUUCGGUGUGGUGUAUGAUCCAGACAAGAAGCAGUUUGACUGGAACCAGUUCCGCAGCUUUGCCAGGUUGGAGAGAAAAACGGAUGGAAGCCUAGAGAGGUAUUUCCGAAGCUUCGUGGCCAUGUGCCGGAAUGUUUGCAGGCUGCCUCAGAGGAAAGAAGAGGCUUCAGAUCCAAGCAUUUUUGUGGAGCCCAUCACGGAGGAACGAGCUUCGCGGACUCUGUACCGGAUAGAGUUGCUGCGUAAGGUUCGUGAGCAAGUUCUGCGGAGCCCGCAGCUGAGCGAGCGGCUGAAGCUGUGCCGCCCCAGCCUGUACCUGCCGGUGUGGUGGGAAUGCGGUAAACACGACCGCGACUUGCUCAUGGGCACUGCCAAGCACGGCCUCAGCAGGACGGACUACUACAUCCUCAACGACCCUCAGCUUUCCUUCCGCGAGGCUCACAGGAACUACGUACAGAACGGGAACACCUACUUCCAGACAGUGCCGGCUCCUUGCAGCCAGUCCUCGCUCAAUUUCAGCCAGUCUGCUUCUCCUGCCUCCACUGUGCUCACUCUGGGGGAGAAGGACAACAUUGAGCAGAUGGACGCGGAGCAGGAGAAGCUGGAGGAGGUUUUGGAUGAGCCUAGUCCCUCGGCAGGAACGCUCAGAGACUGUGCCGAAGUGAAGAAUGAAGAGGGUGCAGCUGACCCUGUAAACAAGUGCAGCGCUGCUCAAUCUAGUCUCAGUCUGUCUGAAGCAGUGGCUGCAGGGAACGAAUGGGGAGCUGUCAACUGCACACAGACCAAGUUUUACCCUAUGCCAACAACACACGUCAAAUCUGAAGAGACGAAUGCCGUGGGUGGAAUGUGUGCAGAGGGUGAUGGCGAGGAAGGUUUACUGAAGCCUGUGCUGGAAUCUUGCAGCCGUGGAGAAACCAUGCUCCGGAGAAAUCUACAGCCUGUGUGUGUUGCUGCUGCCUCACCAACAAACUGUCUGAACUUGCUGCUGGUACAAUCCAAUGGUGUGUUGGAAGUGCCGUCUGUACCAGAGGAGAUGAUGGAUAGUUCGGCACCAGUGUGUGGUGUGCAGCCUGUGGACCCGGUGCCUGGUGCCGUCCCUCCGUGUCACCUUGUGCACGACAAGCAGGUUAAAGCUGAAAAUGAGAGCUCGAUGGAAGUCAGUGGUGGGGAGAGCCCCAUAGAUGAACACGUUUAUGAUCUGCAGGCUAACUGCCCGGGCGUGUGCCUCACACAGACCACAGCCAAUAGUUCCAAUAGACCAUGGAGUAGAGCCAGCCAGCUGGCUGAGUCCAACUCUCCAGUUACUGCACCUGUAAGUCCACAAGCCACCAAUGGGUUGAAGCUGACUGAAGCUGUGGUGGGCACAGACCAACAAGGUGUGGCUGUGAAUGAGACCUGUUCAGCAGAAACGGAGGAGCUCAUGGCCUUUACAAAUGCUGAAUCAGACCAUCCUCCAUUCGUGAAGGUAGCCGUGCAAAGCCUAACGAGCACUCCGUCACUCGGAACUGCUUACUCGUUAAUGAAGACGGUGCAGGCUGAGCCAGAUCCACCCUCAGCCCAUGAUGGCAUUGUUCCCAUAAAGCGGGAGCUGACAAUCAGGCACCUCCUCGAGGACUGCAUGAAGGAUGAUCUCUGUAAAACAGAAGAGAAAUCCGAGGAAGAUAAUUCACUACCUGAAGUUAUCCCGCUGAAGAGUUUUGAUGAGGAGAGCAACACAUCUGCCAGCCUGGUCCAAGAUGAGAUCCAGGACACCCUCCUGCAGGACAUCCGCGAGCCAACCAUCGCACAACUGCUGCAGGAGAAAACACUCUACUCGUCUGCUGAGUGGCCCAAGGAUCGAGUUAUCAUAAACCGCAUCGACAACAUCUGCCACGCUGUGCUGAAAGGAAAAUGGCCAUCAGCACAACAGCAGAACCUGGAAGCUGCUGGUGUAAUGUACUCCAUGGCUGCCCCAGCAGACAGUCUGAACGUGAGGAGCUGCCUCAGUGUCCCUGUGCAGGCUGCACACACUCUCAGCUUUGCUGACGGCUCUGUCUCCUCCCAUCAAUUUUCAAAGGAGAGCCUACUUGCAUUAACGUUCCCGAGGGAUCAGAGGAGGAGAAGGCGGAAGUAUGAGUUUGAGACAGAUCGAGGUGCAAAGAGGAAGAGCCAGGAGGAGGCUGCCUCCAUCCUCACUCAUCCGCCUAUCAUUUUGAAUGGAUGGCAGGAGACUGCCAUGGACCUUUCCAAGGCAGCGGAAGAGGUGCCUGGCUCUGUGCCAGUCAUCAUCAGUACGAGCACCUCCAGGCUGAGCUCGCUGGACCCCUCGGCUGCUUUCAGAGCAGAUAUGGCCGGGAUCCUGCAGGCAGGCCUCGUCCAUCCCGUCACAGGUCAGGUGAUCAACGGCGCCUACAGAGGAGAAGACACCUCGCGCAGAAAGAGAGGACGGAGGAAGAACGUCGAAGGUGUUGAUAUCCUCUUCAUGAAGGAGAAGAAACCAGAGAUUUUGGUAGGUUUCAAGGAGAGCGGUCUGUCGAAGCAGCUUUUCUCUGGGGUAGCUCACUCCACCGACAACAUGGCUGGCAUGAUGAUGAAACUCCCUCAGGGCAAGCAGCAACUGGGAAACGAGGAGGAAGAGAAAAACAAGAGUCUGAUUGAGUGGCUAAGGCAGCAUCCCACCUACACCAUGGAUGUGUCCAACCUGGCUCCCAAUUGCACGGCUAUUUUACACAGCCUUUCGGAGCGACCAAAACAAAGGAGGCAUCGCUGCAAGGAUCCUAGUAAACUGGACAUCAACUCGUUGACUGGGGAGGAAAGGGUGCCUGUCGUGCAUAAGGGAAGUGGAAGGAAGCUGGGGGGCGCGAUGGCACCGUUGCUGAAGGAGCUGGCAACAUGGCUGGACGCAAACCCAGAGUACGCCGUCGCACCCGAGUGGGCGGAAAUCGUGAAACACUCGGGCUUUCUACCGGAGAACAAGUUUGGCCGCAUCUUGACUGAGCCCGUGGUGAAAGAGACGGGUGCCAGGAAGCGGGGAAGGAGACCGCGGAGUGAGAUGGUCAAACCUGGCGUCAUUAUGGGUGACACCACCUCGGCAAUGGGACCAAUGUUCAUGAACGGGCUCAUCGCUGGGAUGGAUCUCGUGAGCCUUCAGAACCUGAGAAACAUUCAUAACCUUCAGCUGGCCGGGCUGAUGGGAUUCCCAGCGGGAUUUGCUGCUAUCCCCUCGGGAGAGGAUGGCAAGAACAGCCUGAACAUGUUGCCUAUGAUGCUCCCUGGGAUGGCUGGGAUGUCGCACGUGUUUGGCGUAGGGGGAUUGUUGAACAGCCCAUCGAUGAUGUCAAAUACCAGCACUUCAUGUACGUCUACGUUGACGACAAGUGUUUCCUCUAAAGCAAAUAAAGGCAGCGAACAGCACAGCGGUGCUGCCGAGUCAAGGAAACACGAGGAUGGAUCUUUGUCAGGGGAGAAACCAGGUCCGAGUUCAUCUUUCCCUGACUGUGGAGAAGCCAGAGUCACCACCAGCAACGUGUUACCCAUCAACCCAUUCCUGCUGCACAGUAUGCCUGCUGGAUUAAUAUACCCUUCCAUGUUCCUUCCGCACGGUGUUGGCAUGGCAAUGCCUGGCUUUGUACACUCUGAGGGAGACACCACUGGAAGCCCAAAGAAGAAGAGGAAGAAAGCCAAGGACGAGGCUGCAACUGAGGGAACUGAACCCUGCCCACAGCUCAUAAACGUUGAGGAGAGCAUGAGAAAUUCAACAGACUUCACUGCCGUACAGGACAGUUCUGUGCAGGAAACUCAGAAAAACUCUGUAGAUGGUACCCAGAAUGCCGAGUAGAAUUUCUAUUUACUUUUAGGUCAACUUUAGAUUUUCUUGAUUUAAAAUUUUAAACCAUGUUUAUGACCCCUUCCUGCCUCGAACUGUUCUCUUCUCCACACCUCCUACACCCCCCCCACCACCACCAAUCCUCCUCUCCACUCACACUGUGUGGGGUUAGGAAUCUAAAGCAGUUGUGUUGAAAUACACUCUGAGGUUGCUUUAAUGGUCAAUUUUAAUUGGUGACCGCAUUCUCCAUAGCACAAACUAUGCUUUGAUUGUUGCUUCAGAGAUUAUGGGGGACAAGUAACGGGGAUGGGAGGAGAGAGAGUAGGAAGGCAAAAAUGUCCUGAUUUUUCACCACAUAGAUAUCACUCAAGGGAGGUCAUCAACAGUUACUUGAUGCCUCUUGCUCUAAGCUCUAGUUUUGUCAGUAUUUCACCUUGCUUUUUUUGUAAUACACUGGUCUCAGGAGAGGAGGGAGGAAUCUGCCAGUUGAACUCUCCCUGGCUGGUGAGAAUGAAAGAGUUCUAUGUGCUUGUCCUGCCUUUCCACAGUACCAGUGGCCUGUUGGUUAGUCUGUUCUCUAAUUGUGCUGUGGCUUUGUGCUGCAGUUCAAGAAACUCUUUCUAGGAGUUGCAUACACCUUACAAUAGCUGUUCCACUCUCUCUUCUGUUAGUACUGAUUGGAGCAUUUGAUGUUGGGAGAAAGGAUGAGGAGAAUAAAGAUCACUACCGUGACCCUUCUUCAGAACGAAUCCCCUUGAAAAGUUUGCAAAUUAGACUUUUAAAAGAUACCUUAUCCGCAACGAUUUUACAGCAAAGCAUGUACAGAAUUAUUCUUUCUCUGAAUUAAGGAACCAGUUAAAAAACUCAGUGACAAACGGAGGGGAGUUGUGUUGCAUUCUCAGCAUGGCGCACACACAAACCAAGAUCUGGUGAGAGUGAGCUUGUAGCCCUGUAUGACACACAGAUCAGCUGGUUAUGUUAAGCCAAGCAGAUGUAAAUACUGGUGCUAAUCUAUAAAGGUACAUUGAUGCCGUAAAACUCCAAAUAUAGAUUAGUUGCUUUUAGUAAAUACAGGGAUGCCGGAAGUACGCAGUAGGUUGGAUGGCAGCUAUGGAGAAAAAGUAAAAUAGUUACUGUUUCAGAUCUGUGGCUCUCAUGAGUUCUCUAGAAAAGUCAUUACCCUGAAACAGGAACUCUUCUCUCCCCAUAGUUGCUGCCUGAUCUGCUGAGUGUUUGCUGCAUUUGCUGGUUUGGUCUCUGAUUUAAUCUGCAGUGUUUUGCGUUUCCAGUAGUUGCUAGUGACUAUUUCUCGCUAAACUUGCUGAGGAACUGACAAGGUAUUUUCCCGAUAUCACGCCUUGCUUUUGUCUGUUGUCGGCAGCCAGAAUCCGUAUCAGUUCUGUCUGCUCAUCUUGUCCGUGUGUCAGCAGGCUGGUGCUCAGUAACCAGACCUGCCAAAGGUCCCAUCUCCCUUCCCUGUCACACACCUCCACCCUCUGCACCAAAUCUUCUCAGACGAUGUGACACAUUUUGGUAGUAUUGCCAGCACCUAUAGUGAGGUGUUGGGACACUGGUUUCCCUGUAGCAAGAAGAUUCUGAAUCGUACUGUAGCAGUUUUGUGUAAUUAUAAAAUUAAAUACACAGUGGGUGCGUGAAUGGAAGAUGAGGUUUUCUGUUACUGUAUGACACUUGUUUUUUGUAUUUUAGUUAUUUUAUGAGGGGUGGGAAGGGAGCCAAAUUAUAAUCAAGUAUUUCUGCCUUUUUUUUGCCUUUAGUUUAGUUAGUAAAUUGUUGUUAUUGAUUUUUAAACAAAAAACUUUUAAAAGGAUCACUGAAGACCAAUUUGCUUGAUGACUCUUUCUGAAUCUAAUCCAUUACAAGUUGGUCUCUUGUUUCAGAGUGGGUGGCAAUGUAUAACCCUCGUAACUUGCUGGAACACUGGGAAGAUGGCCUGGGUUAGUAUUAUUUGUUAAAAUGCCCCUGUUCUCUGCUCCACAACCUCCCACCUUCCAACAUGUAGCUCAGAAGAUGGCGGAAUGCAAGCAGUGUAAUUAUGGCUAAUGAACAGAAAGGAAUAUCCUAUAAAGAAGUGAUAUCACGGUGGCAGCGUGCAUUGAAAGAGUCUCUCACUCCAGCCCCUUCCCCUUGACCCAGGCUUUGCUGCUUUGACCAUACCAGCAGGUGGACACUGGCUUCAGUGCAGCCGGGCACAGUCCCCUGUGCAGGUCCCAUGACAGCUCGGAGAUUACGUUUUUUGUUGAUGGUUUAUUUCCAAAGUGAAUAUCAAGUUUUGAAGUAUUCAACGUUUACUGUCCACUGAAGUUUUUUUUUUUAAAGCAAAAGUUGUUUUUCACUUUCUUUACUGUUACAACCUUGCAUAACUUAUGGUUUUGUGCCGAGGUCCAAAUGUUGAGUCAUAUAUUUCGUUACUACAUUAUUUAUUCAUCUGUUGAAUGUCUGUUUUUUUUAUUGUAAUUAUUCUGAAUCACUAACUAUGAAAUUCUGUCCUGUUUUUUUUUUAACCUUGAAAUGCAAGCAAAUAGUCUUUGAUGUUUGCACAGUGUAUUCAGCAGUUUGAAAACUUUAGAUAAUUUCCAAAAUCUUUCAUUGGAGAUGCUUUCCAAAGAUGCACUGUGUUUAUUGAGGCGGUGUCCCAUCUGUUUGUCUGCACUUGGCCUUUAUGAUACACAUCACUUUGUGGAGAAAAGUACAGUGCAUCUGGUCUUGUAUUAUGCAAAGUUGCUCUCUGUUUGUGAUAUAAAGCAGCAAUGAACCCGUACAUUUUCCUGGAAAUUCUACAAACAAUAAUGGUGGAUGUAGAUCUGAUUGUUAUAUAGCCUACAAAUGAUGCUGCUUUGUUAAAAUUUGACAGCUAGGUUGCGGGGGGGGGGAAGAAUUAAAGAUGUCAAAAGUGGGUUGACGUAAACAAUAUUUUACCACUCCACCCAGCAGCUUUGUUGCAUCUUGUUGCAGUUGCCCAUCCCAUCUGUUGCUUAUUGAAUUAGUAGCUGAACCUGCUUAAUUUUACAUCAUGUUUAUACAAGUGUAGAGAGCAAGCAAUCUGCAUCGAGCAAAGGGAAGCCUAUUUCACACAGAUGGCUGUGAAGGGAGGCAAACACGGCUUGAAUUAGUUGACCUUUUAAGAUAUUUUUGAAGUCACUUGAGACAUAAUUUGUGUAUUAUGGUACCAGGAGAUGAAGGACUAAACUCAGUGUCACUCAGAUCCUGGUUUGAUGCUGAAACCUUCAGUGGUACAUUAUUGUCACGUGUACCUAAGUACAGUGAAUAUCUUUUUUGCAGCGGCUCAGUGCCUUCCUACUGUGCAGGAAGAGCAAAGUUCAGGUUAGGCUCUACUUGUCAUUCACGCCUUCAAGGGGUUGAUGAAAGGGACUCUGGUGGAGUCCUGGAUGCAGACAGCUUCCUUCAUUCCAGAUUAAUUUAAAUAAAAGCUUUAAAAAUGA